CCCGGAGCAUACGUCCUACCUGCGGAAUACCCACAGUUGUUGUCCGACCACGUGGCUCUGUCACAAGAAGAACCUAUCUACAUUUCCAAACCGGUGGGACUCAGUCGGGGUCGAGGUAUCGCCGUUUUCAAGGACCCGUCGUCGGCCAGCUACGAAGGCAUGUCCGUCGUUCAAGAAUACAUAAAAAACCCGUUCCUGAUUGGGGGGCACAAGUUCGAUCUUCGCCUCUACGUGCUCGUCCCGUGCGGACGACCCCUAUCCAUCUACAUCUACCAGGAAGGCCUGGUGAGAUUUGCAUCCGAGCCUUUUAACCUGGACGAGCUGGAUAAUCGUUAUUCUCAUCUUACUAAUUCUUCUAUCAACUAUCUCAAUCCUGGUGGCCCUACCGAAGAAGCUGGAGAAGGUUGCAAGUGGACGCUGAGCCAACUGCGACACUUCUUCCGCCAAUACGAGCUGAACGACUGGCUUCUCUGGCAACGGAUCCGAGUGCUCAUCAUCCUCACACUGUUCAGUCAGGCAAACGGCAUGAACAAUUCUUCCCAUACGGGAACGUUUGAACUCCUGGGCUUCGACGUCCUCGUCGAUAACACGCUCAAGCCCUGGCUUCUGGAGGUAAACAAGAGUCCCAGCCUCGCCUAUUUCUGCGAGAUAGACGCCUGGGUGAAGAAGCCCAUGCUACACGGGAUGUUCGAUCUCCUAGGACUGGGCCCCUGGGAAGAUUCUGGGAUCUCCGACCGGGAACUCCGGAAAUGGGAUUUCGACUAUGCGAAACGGUUGGACAGCAGCUACGCGCGAAACAUCUUUGCCAAGCAGGCCAUCAUGACCCAACCGACGUCAGAUGUCGAGGACUGUGGUUUCUGUCUGUCGAAGCGCGGCGACGAUGUCAGCAGUAGCAGCAGUUGCGCUUCCAGCAGUGACGACUUCAGUUCAAAGAACCAAAAACCGGAACGGCUGAGCCCGGAACCGCGAAGUCGGUCCCUGGUCCGAGAGGAUCGUAAUAUCCGUUUCGCGAUUCCGAUCCCAUCACAUUUCGUGCGGAUACCCCGCAGCCGGAGUUCUGGAGACGUUAGCAGCCGCAGCUCGGACGAAUGCUCCAAGAGCGAAGAGAUCAUCGGACCCAACGAUACAUAUUUUUUCAAGCUAAUCAUUCAUCAGUUUGAAAAGGUGAAAGGGGAAAGGAGGGCGGAGCGAGCUGCAAUCCGAUAUCGAGCUCGCGGGAAGACCUGUGGUCCGUCGACUGGUGGCCAGUGUAGUCAGUGCGAGGCAAGUCAGUUGAGGAUCUGGACCAAGUCAUGCCCCCAAGAGGUGAAGGGUUGGGUCCGAGCCUUUCCGUUCAAUUCCAAGACUCGUGACGUGGCGAGGGUAACCCCGGUGAACAUAUUGGAAGGAGUGCAAGAAGUGAAACGGUUUUUCAGCAUCGUCACCCGAACUUUCGGUCAUCUGCCUACCGAAGACGAGGCUAGGCUCAAUGAACACGUGAAAAAGGCAAUGGGACCUCAUUUCCAUUCGUGGAUGCCGUCAUAG